AGCUGUUCUUAUCUAUCAGCUGUUAUCAGCGGCACUUGUCAAGUGCACUUUACAAGGCGUCGUGUGUUAGGAUUUGGACAAGCCGCAAACCGUUUUCUGGACUGCAUCUGAAGAGCCCUUGAGAAGCAACCAAGUUUGUUGCCAUACUCCAAAAUCCCUCUCCGAUCCCGCUUACGUAAUGCUGGCCAAUCUGGGCCGACUUUUGGGUUUCCGUUCGCCCAUCCUCAGGCGAUUGGUGCACACGGAGCGGAAAGUACGGGUUAAUGGCACCGAUUUGCACAUUGUGGAGAGCGGCAAUGGUGAGAGGAGUCUGCUCCUGAUGCCCGGAGCCCUGGGCUCCGCCUGGACCGACUUUAAACCCCAGAUAGAGCAGCUGCCGAAGCUCCUGCCGGGACACACGAUCAUCGCAUGGGAUCCGCCGGGCUAUGGCAAAUCAGUGCCACCGCAACGGAAGUUCGGUCUGGAGUUCUUCCGGGAGGAUGCCCAGGCUGCCGUAGACUUGAUGCGCGCCCUGGACAGGCCUCGCUUCUCGAUUCUAGGAUGGAGCGAUGGUGGAAUCACUGCCCUCAUCGUAGCUGGUCGCCAUGCAGAGGCUGUAGAUCGUCUGGCCAUCUGGGGAGCAGGUGCCUACCUCAACGCCGAUGAAGUCAAGGCCCUCAAGAAUAUCCGGGAUGUGGCCAAGUGGUCGCCGCGGAUGCGGGAGCCCAUGGAGAAGGUGUACGGCGUGGAGAGAUUCUCCCAAUUAUGGGCCGAAUGGGUGGACGCCGCCUGCGCCUUCUAUGACCAAAGAGAUGGAGACUUCUGUCGCUCUGAGGUUGAGCAAAUAAAGGCUCCUACUUUUAUACUCCACGGAAAAAAGGAUCCCAUGAUAGCGGCGGAACACAUUCCCUGGCUAAGGGAGCGGUUGCCCCAGGCAAAGUACCACGAGUUCCCCGAGGGCAAGCAUAAUAUCCAUCUGCGUUAUGCGGAGGAGUUCAACAAACUAGUGGCUGAUUUCUUCAACAAAAAGGAUUAGAUUAGCAAAAUGUUUAGACUUAUUUCUCACUCAACUGCAAUCAAACUUCUGUAACUUGAAAUCUUUAAAAGCCAAGUCACUUUUUCAAAGGAAUUGAUAAGAAAUAUUCGAUGGAACAAGUGCUUUAAGAAGUCGACUUAUAGAACUUCGAAUGUAAGUGGAAAAAAUUAUCUAAAAUGACAAGGCAGCUGUCCAAAGGUCCAACUUAUUCAAAGAAGAAACUGAUAGUCUUGAUGAAUCAAAUUCAUAUCUAAGCAAAGCAAAAUUGUUUAUCAAUUUAAUGAAUCAUGUCCAAAUUAAUUGAGAAAUAGCCAUAUCACUUAACUUCACAGAAGGUAAAUAAAUGAAAGUGACAUUUGAAUACAUUUUAAAUCAAGGUCAAUAAAUUUUAAGGAAUAUUCCAUAUCGCUAUGGUAUACUGUAUAUUCCAAAAGAAUUACUGAACAAA